AUGGCUGGUCCAUCAAAGAUCAUUUAUGAUAAGUCUAGUGGCCAAAUGCAUAUCUGCGGUUUUAAAUGCGCAUCUCCGUUUGACGAACCUCAACAGUGGGGUGAUAUUAACUACUUCCAAUACGGACUCAUCCAACCCUCCGAUAGCCGAUUCGACUGCAUGUGGGAAGGAACACCACCCGAAACGGCGGAUUGGAUCGAACAUGUCAACGGCUGGAUGUGGUGA